AUGAAAUUCUACGAAACAUUUGGCCGGUUGACCUUCGCGAUUCGCGCGCGCACUGAGAUCCUUCGAGAUUUGGGCUGCGCUCUGAACCCUUUCGCUGCGUUCUUACUCCUUCAAAGCUUGGAAACAUUGUCCAUCCGAGUGGAAAGGCAUGUCAGCAAUGCCAUGGCGUUGGCAACUUGGCUGCAGGAUAAUGAACAUGUGUCCUGGGUUUCAUAUCCUGGCCUAGAAGAUCAUCCAUCUCAUCAAUUGGCCAAGAAUUAUUUCAAGAGGGGAUUCGGUGGAGUGACCUCGUUUGGUAUCAAGGGCGGCGCUGCGGCCGGGACCAAAGUCCUGGAUAGCUUCCGGUUGAUCAGCCACGUCGGCAAUGUUGGAGAUGCAAAGACGCUUGCCUUACACCCGUGGUCAACAACGCACGAGCAGCUAAAACCGGAAGAAAGGAUCGCAAGUGGUGCCACAGAGGACCUUAUUCAAUGCUCCGUCGGCUUGGAACAUAUCACCGAUAUCAUCGCCGAUUUCGAACAGGCUUUUGCAGCGGCAGAUCGGGGAGCCAAGAGUAGACUGUAG